AUGUUCGAGCUGAUUACACAAAUCUACCGAUUCAAUUGGGAUGGCACUGAGGUCGUUGCCCGGUCCAACACAAAACGAGCGAGAGAAUUCUUCGAGGCUCGGUACUCCGAUGCUGGUAGUAUCGACCGCCAUGUUGAGCUGGACGUCCAUUACGAGGGCAUACGCUCCCGACUUACUGUCCCCUGCCCUAAUGCCACUUCAAUGGCCGUUAAUCCGACCACCCGGAGUCCAAUUGAUCCGCCAUCCGCCCUCCCCCUCCGGCACAGGGAUCCGUAA